UAAAGUUUAAUUAAUCGUUUUUUUAAAUAGAAAUUCUUUGCUGUUUUGGCUGAAAAAUUAUUUACACAACAUUCAGACACUUUUACAAGCACUUUAACCCUUUUUUUACAAAAAUAAAAACUGAAUCCAAUAAUUCAAGUGAUAAAAUCUAUUUGUACAAUCAUAAUGCCUUCAGCAUGUAGUACUGAUCCUCCUCCUUCAUCAUCAUCGACAACAACAACAACAGAAUCAGAAUCAUCAUCAUCAUCAACAACAACAUUAAAUGGUGAAUCAAAUGGUAAUGGUCAAACAUUAUCGAAUGAUUUAAUAACCAGUCAAAAUGGUAAUAAUCAUCAUUCAUCAACAACAACAACAACAAAAAUGGUAACAACAAAUGGUGAUGGUUUUACCGAAGAAGAUGUUGAUGAUGAAUUACCAUCAAUUGUUAAUAAUAAUACUGCCAAUGAUCAACAAGUAAAAAAUGAUGAUGACAUUGAUGAUAUUGAUGGUAAAUCAUCAAAACCAUCAUCAGCAAAUAUUAUUGAUGAAAGUUUUGUAUUAAUUCAUGAUAAUAGUUUUAAUAUUAAAUUAUCGGCACCGGGUAUCGAAACAUUUGAUCUACAAGUUAGUCCAGUAGAAUUGGUACAAGAAAUUAAUCAUCAAUUAAUUGAUCGUGAAGAUACUUGUCAUCGUACUUGUUUUUCAUUACAAUUGGACGGUGUAACAUUGGAUAAUUUUUCCGAAUUAAAAAAUAUUGAUGGUCUCAAAGAAGGUUCAAUGAUUCGUGUUAUUGAAGAACCAUAUACUGUUCGUGAAGCUCGAAUUCAUGUACGUCAUGUACGAGAUCUUUUAAAAUCAUUGGAUAUGUCUGAUUCAUAUAAUGGUGUUGAUUGUAAUUCAUUAUCAUUUAUGAAUAUUAUUGCUCAAAAUGAUCUUUCCGAUAUAAAGAAAACAAAUAAAUCAUUACGAUCAGAUUUAUUGGAUUGUCUUCCACCUGAUUAUGUUCUUCCAAUUACUGAUCAAUCAAACAAUAAUAAUGGUAAUAAUAAUAAUAAUAAUAAUAAUAAUGUAAAUAAUCAAUCGGUGACCAAUAAUAAUUCGAUCAAUAAUACUAAUGGUAAUAAUAAUAAUAAUAUCAAUCAAAAUAAUAAUAAUCAACAAGGAUUAGGGAUCAAUAAAGGUUGUGAUGUUCAAUUAACACCAUUAGAGCCACAAAUCAAAGAUCUUCCAAAAACACCAUCUGCCUUGAAAGUUCUUACAGCAUCCGGUUGGAAUCCACCACCUGGUCAUAGAAAAUUACGUGGUGAUUUAAUGUAUCUUUAUGUAGUUACAUUGGAAGAAAAACGAUUUCAUAUCACAUCAUCAACACGUGGUUUUUAUGUAAAUCUUUCUACUGAUGAAGUGUUCAAUCCAAAACCAUCGAAUCCGAAAUUAAUUUUUCAUUCAUUGGUUGAAUUACUAAGUCAUAUAAGUGCCGCUUUCAAACGUAAUUAUUCAAUUAUACAGAAACGUCGUUAUCAACGACAUCCAUUUGAACGUUUAGUUACACCAUAUCAGGUUUAUACUUGGGCAGCACCACAAAUUGAUCAUACUGUUGAUUCGAUUCGUGCUGAAGAUGCUUUUUCAUCAAAACUUGGAUAUGAAGAACAUAUGCCCGGUCAAACAAGAGAUUGGAAUGAAGAAUUACAAACAACAAGAGAAUUGCCAAGAAAAACUCUUUCCGAACGUAUUAUUCGUGAAAGAGCUAUUUUUAAAGUUCAUUCGGAUUUUGUUGCAGCCGCUACACGUGGUGCAAUGGCUGUUGUUGAUGGAAAUGUAUUGGCUUUAAAUCCAAACGAAGAUACAAAAAUGCAAAUGUUUAUUUGGAAUAAUAUUUUUUUCUCAUUAGGAUUCGAUGUUCGUGAUCAUUAUAAAGAAGUGGGUGGUGAUGCUGCCGCUUAUGCUGCACCAUCCAAUGAUUUACAUGGUGUACGUGCCUAUUCAUCACUUAAUAUCGAUGGUCUUUAUACAUUAGCUACGGCUGUUGUUGAUUAUAAAGGUUAUCGUGUUACUGCUCAAAGUAUAAUUCCUGGAAUACUCGAACGUGAUCAAGAACAAUCGGUUGUAUAUGGAUCUAUUGAUUUUGGUAAAAAUGUUGUAUCACAUCCAAAAUAUUUGGAAUUGCUUAAAAAAGCCGGUUCUGUAUUGAAAAUUGUUCCACAUAAAGUGAUUAGUCAAGGUGGUGAAAUGGUAGAGAUUUGUUCAUCGGUCGAAUGUAAAGGAAUUAUCGGUAAUGAUGGACGACAUUAUAUAUUGGAUUUGUUACGAACAUUUCCACCGGAUCCACAUUAUGUAUUGAACGAUGGUGAAGAAUUAAGUCAAGAAAUGCGUGAUGCUGGUUAUCCACGUCGUCAUAAACAUAAACUAUCAUCAUUACGUCAAGAGCUUAUUGAUGCAUUUUUUGAAUCACGUUAUUUAUUAUUCAUUCGAAUGGCUUCAUUCUAUCUGCAACAAUCUGAUACGGAUAAUAAACUUGGAUUACUUAAUAAAAAUAAACAACAAGCACAAAUUGAAUCUCAAUCAAAAUCCGAUAUUGAUAAUGAUGAUGAUGAAAAGAAAACUGUCAAUGAAGAAGAAACGAAUAAAGAUGAUACAAAACAAGAAUCAUCCACUACAUCAGACAAAAAAGAUGAUGAAAUAUCAAAGGAUUAUGAAAAGAUUGCCGAAAAAAUUGUAUCACCAGCCAAAAUUGCCAAUCAAAUGGAUGAAAAAACAACAGCAAAUGUAUCGACUUCUACCGAAAAUGAAACAAUUGUAAAUGAAAAUGAACAACAUAAUACGAAAGAAAUUAUUCGAAAAGCUGCUAACGAUGUUGGAUCGUUAAGUGAUUGUGAAUUUGAUGUUCGUUUUAAUCCGGAUAUUUUUUCACCUGGUGUUGUUCACGCUGAUAGCGAUUCCGAAACAUUCAAAAGGCAAAAACAAUUGAUUAAAGAUGCAGCCGAAUUUUUAGUGAAAAUACAGAUUCCAACUUUGGUACGAGAAUUGUUAGACCAUUCAAUAUAUCUAUACGAUGGUUUGACAUUGACCGAUGCUUUCCGUUCGCGUGGAAUCAACAUUAGAUAUUUGGGUAAAUUUACCGAAAUUCUUUCCAAACAACAAUCAUUGGAUUAUGCUAUGUCAAUUGCUGUUUGCGAGUUAAUUUGUCGUUCAAUCAAACAUAUGUUUGUCAAUUAUAUGCAAAGUGUUGAAGUUGUUUACAUGGCAACAGCCAUCAGUCAUUUUUUGAAUUGUUUCCUUUCAUCGACAGUCACACAACCAUCAAUCAUCGAUGAAAUAGGCAAACAUUCAAAACGAAGAGGAAAAAAAUUCCGAAAUGGUCGUAUGGUGAUUUCACCGAAUGAAAAUGGUGCCGGAAAAAAUGUUAUUGAUCGACAAAGUUUUGAUUGGCUUUCAUUGACACCGAAAUCAUUUUGGACACAAUUACGUAACGAAAUGGAUAGUUAUUAUGGUUGGAUUGCACCGAAAGAUAUUGAUUCAGUGGAAUCAUUAUUAUAUCGAUAUUCAAUACAAAAAAUUUCUUUACUUCGUAUUGUUUGUAUUCGUACUGGCAUACAGGUUUUGCUUCGUGAAUAUAAUUUUGAUCAUAAAAGUCGUCCAGCAUUUACUGAUGAUGAUAUAUUGAAUGUUUUUCCAAUUGUCAAACAUAUUUCACCACGUGCUAAUGAUGCAUAUAAUUUAUUUCAAAAUGGACAACGAAAAAUUUCGGAAGGAAAUAUUCGUGAUGGAUAUGAUUAUAUUUCUGAAGCCUUAAAUCUAUUCAAUAGUGUUUAUGGUCCAUUACAUCCGGAUAUUGUACAAUGUCUUCGAUUAUUGGGUCGUAUCAAUUAUGUACUUGGUGAUUAUAGUGAAGCAUGUUCAUAUCAACAGAAGGCUGUUCUAAUGAGUGAAAAAGUUAAUGGAAUUGAUCAUCCACAUACCAUUACUGAAUACAAUUUUCUUGCCUUAUAUAGUUUUGCUAAUUCACAAAUAUCAGCUGCAUUAAAAUUUUUAUAUCGUACACGUUAUUUACUUUCAUUGAUUCAUAGUCAAAAUCAUCCGGAAAUGGCCAUUAUUGAUAGCAAUAUUGGUCUUAUAUUACAUGCUAUUGGUGAAUAUGAUUAUUCAUUACGUUUUUUGGAACAUGCUUUACAAUUGAAUCUACGAUAUUUUGGAAAAAGAAAUUUAAAAGUAGCAUUAAGUUAUCAUCUUUUGGCACGAACAUUAAGUUGUAUGGGUGAUUUUCGUGGUGCAUUGAAUAAUGAAAAAGAAACCUAUAUGAUUUAUAAAAAAGAAUUGGGUGAAAAUCAUGAAAAAACUAAAGAAAGUUCCGAUUGUUUACGACAUCUAACUAAUCAGGCUGUUGUAUUGCAGAAAAAAAUGAAUGAAAUUUAUAAAGGCAAUAUGAAUACAAUUAUACCGCCAAUACAGAUACAGCCACCAUCAAUUAAUUCGGUGAUGGAAUUAUUGAAUGUUAUAAAUGGUAUAUUAUUUUUGCAUAUAAGCGCACAAGAUGUAGAAAAUCUUCGUGAAUUGCAAACAAUAAAAACAAAACGGCAACAAAAUCAACAACAACAACAAUUAGAUCAAGAACAAGAACCGGCAUUACAAUUGAAUAAUGAUGAUUAUCAAGAAAAUCAACAACAACAAUCUAGCUCAAAAUCAACAAAUACUAACAAUACUAGUGACAAUAAUGAUUUGGAUAAUUUUAAUGAUAAUAAUAAUAGUGCAAUUACGGCUGCAUCUUCAUAAUCAACUGAGGAAGAACUGUGUCCAAUGAUUAUUUCUUUUUUUUCUCAAAUUACCAUUCACCACAUACACGUCUUGGCGUUUAUCAUCAGGGUCAUCAUUAUCAUCACGGAAUCGAUAAAUCAAAUCUCAUAUUGCUGCCACAUUUGAUCGAAAACAAUUUUUUUUACCACAAACAUUUAUUAUAAUCUUUCGUAUCAUUGUGAUUAUUUUUUCUUUUUACUCUUCUCUUCUAAAACCGGAAUUCGAUCAACACGAUUUGAAGAGGACAACAACAACAACAUCAAAAACCGAUGAAAUUCAAUUCAUU